CCGCUCCCACCUCCCGGCCCACAGGAACUCUGCUGGAGGCCGCGCCCUCUGAGUGCCGAACCAUGGCCGAAUACUCCUACGUGAAGUCCACCAAACUCGUGCUCAAGGGUACAAAGGCGAAGAGUAAGAAGAAGAAAAGCAAAGAUAAGAAGCGAAAACGGGAAGAAGAUGAGGAAACCCAACUUGAUAUUGUGGGAAUCUGGUGGACUGUAUCCAACUUUGGGGAGAUUUCAGGAACCAUUGCCAUUGAAAUGGAUAAAGGAGCCUAUAUCCAUGCACUAGACAAUGGCCUUUUUACGCUGGGAGCUCCACAUAGAGAAGUUGAUGAGGGUCCCAGUCCUCCAGAGCAGUUUACUGCUGUCAAACUCUCUGAUUCCAGAAUUGCCCUGAAAUCUGGUUAUGGAAAGUACCUUGGUAUAAAUUCAGAUGGACUUGUUGUUGGCCGUUCGGAUGCCAUUGGGCCAAGAGAACAAUGGGAACCAGUGUUUCAAGAUGGGAAAAUGGCUUUAUUGGCUUCAAAUAGCUGUUUUAUUAGAUGUAAUGAAGCAGGCGAUAUAGAAGCAAAGAAUAAAACAGCAGGAGAAGAAGAAAUGAUUAAGAUUAGAUGCUGUGCUGAAAGAGAAACCAAGAAGAAAGAUGACAUUCCAGAAGAAGACAAAGGAAAUGUAAAACAGUGUGAAAUCAACUAUGUAAAGAAAUUUCAGAGCUUCCAAGACCACAAACUCAAAAUAAGUAAAGAAGAUAGUAAAAUUCUUAAAAAGGCUCGGAAAGAUGGAUUUUUGCAUGAGACACUUCUUGACAGGAGAGCCAAAUUGAAAGCUGACCGAUACUGCAAGUGAUGGAGACAAUUUUGUAUUGUAUGGGGGUUUGUUGUUUUGCUGGGAUUAAUUGUUUGUUCAUUUGUUUUUGUCCUAAAUAAAAAUAGUCAUUAUAAGUUGGCUUUUA